AUGUUUGACGAUGGCUUAGCGAGCCAGAAUAAGACGACUCCGUGGUGUUGCCAAGCCUGGUAUCGAAAGUUACGCGGUACAGACGCUCUACACAGCGGAGCGGAUUUACAAAACCGCAGUAAAUACCAUACCACUGUGGCCGUAACGAGAAAAGGAUCUUACUGGAUCUCGGGAGUUGCGGUUAGUGUCCGAGGACUUCAUGGCUGGAUGGUUGGAUGGAUUGAUUGGCAAGGUUCCGGCCCGAUGGGAGGACAAGAAAGGCCAACGCACAGAAUCAAGGGCCCAAAGAAGCAAAAAAAGGGGGGGAAGAAGCAGCCAGCAGAGCAGAGUUUGUUCUGUUCCUAUUACGCUAUCAGCCGUUCUGCUUCCGUGAAGUUUCUUCACGGCGGAAAAGAAGGGGGAAACUCUAAACCGGCAACGGCAAGUGAAGACGUCUCGCUUAGCCAGACUCAGAAUCAUUGCCUUUUGCCUCCAGCGUGUCGCCUAACCCCAUCGUCUAUUUUGGGGGCGGCAGCGCUCAAGAAUAGCAACGCCAAGGGUUAUACACACACCAAGCGCCAAGUCCGCAUUGUCGAGUCGACGAGCUUGUCCUCUAUUCCAGGAUCACCGUGUUUCAGCUGUUCACUAGCUCCGAAGCCGGAGUGUUCCAUGGUUGGCGGUGGAGAUGGCUCUGGUGUUUCGAGCAUCGAACAACCGUGGAAGCUCCUGAAGAAAUCGCAAUCUCUGGUUCCCUAA